UUAGUCUGUUUUUGUCUGAAUAUCAACUCUCUUUCAUUAAAGUUUGCAUGCUACUCUUUCUGUCAUAAAGACAACGCAUUGUAAACGAUAUCCUAAUGUUAGUCAGUGUUUUGUUUAAAAAAACAUUAAAAAAAAAAUUCUUUCAUGAUGCAAUGGAUUUAAAACCAACUCCAGCAUUAACAAGUCUGUUUUUCAACAUGACUAGCAAAUAAGAGGUCUGGGGUCAUAACUUGAUGCAUGGGAAGUUCUUGCUCUGUUUCUUUUGUGCUCAUUUGGUUUGGAUUGUGCAGGAGUCCCGCUCUCGGAGUGUGAGUCCCAGAGGCUCUGUGAAGUCGACCAGCAAUUCACCAGGAAGAUCUAAGGAUGGUUCUCACCGCUCUCGCUCCCGAUCCAAAUCUCGGUCCAGGUCCAGGUCAAAGUCCAGGUCCAGGUCCCGUUCACACAGGAGCUCUCGACGUCGCCAUUCUCGCUCACGCUCUCGAAGGCGCCACUCUCGUAGCCGGUCGUACAGCCGAGAGUACAGGCGCAGUCGAAGCCACUCACCCAUGUCCAAUCGCAGACGGCAUGUUGGCAACCGGGCAAACCCUGACCCUAACUGUUGCCUGGGUGUGUUCGGCCUGAGCCUGUACACCACAGAGCGAGACCUGAGAGAGGUGUUCUCCAAAUAUGGCCCCCUGGCCAGCGUCACCAUUGUUUAUGACCAGCAAUCUCGCCGCUCGAGAGGCUUCGCCUUUGUCUACUUUGAGAAUGAAGAGGACUCCAAGGAGGCUAAAGAGCAAGCUAAUGGCAUGGAGCUGGAUGGACGGCGUAUCAGAGUGGACUUUUCCAUUACUAAGAGACCACACACCCCCACACCUGGAAUUUACAUGGGACGGCCCACCUAUGGUGGUGGUGGAGGAGGAGGAGGUGGCAGUGGAGGAGGUGGUGGUGGAGGAGGAAGACAGAGUACGUCCUCCAGCCGCUCCAGAGAUUAUUAUGAUCGGGGUUAUGACCGUGGCUACGAUCGAGGAUAUGACCGUUACGAUGAUCGAGAAUACUACAAAUCCUACAGGCGCAGGUCUCCUUCACCCUACUACGGUCGUGGAGGAUACAGAUCCCGGUCCCGCUCGCGUUCCUACUCCCCAAGGCGCUACUGAGGGAGCCGGAGGUACUGCACCUGAUGAACAGAGGGGGGGAUUCUGUGCUCGUGGAUGAAGAAUCUGAGUUUUAAGUUUUGAUGUUUUUUGUUUUUUGUAUUUUAAAUGCCAUGCAUGUUUGAUUUAAGUCUUUAUGAUGAGCUGUGCAUCUUCUACUUGUGUUAGACUGGCUACAGGCCUUGUUUGAUGUUUAGCUUGAGGGUGUGUUAUGUUGCAAUACAUCAUUACGUCCUAGUCAAAAUCCUGAAAUCAGAUGUAAAUGCAUAUGUUGUCAAUAUCCAAGAAAUAAACAGUAUUUUACA